AGUACAUGGUACAUUAGGAUUUUUGAAAUAUGCCGUGCAAGUGCUGGCCCUUUAAAAAACACCAUGACGUUUCGAAUCCGGGCGAUCAUGGGCAUAACGGUGAAGGCCCACAAACUUACAGGUUUACCAGCAGAAGCGAUGCCCAGCCUACCUAUGUAAACACGGAAGGCGAUAAUGCGAGAAAAGAUGAAAUUAUUAUGGAACUCACCACCAAAAAUGAAAGCCUUAAACGCAUAGCCAACCAAGCUACUUUGGACAUGCAGUUGGUGAAAGACAGAACUAAGAAUGUUGAAACAGAAGUGAUUCAAUUACGAAGAACGAAUGAGGAGUUGGAAAAAAAUCGAAAAAAACUUGAGAAAGAACUCGACCAUAAAGAUCAAGAGAUCGAAAAAUUAAAAGAAAUAUUGGAGUCCAUACGCUCCAACAAUCAAAAUACAGGACCCAAAAACAACAGAAAAAAGAAGAAUGUUAUUGUUGGGUCGAAAGUGGAAACACAUGUCGAAUUGAAAAAGCACCAGAAAACACCAGAACAGAAAAAGUUCUUAAAAGAGGCAAUUCUCCGAAAUGAUUUUUUGAAGAAACUGAGCGAAGAGCAAAUAAAUGAAAUGAUAGAUUACCUACAAAGAAGUCUUCCGCAAAACGAUAUUUUCAUUAAAGAAGGAACGAACGGAGAUAGAUUAUACAUUCUAGAAUCUGGUGAACUUGACGUCACACAGGGUUCAACGUACCUUACAACCAUGAAAGCAGGUUCUGUAUUCGGGGAGUUAGCAAUCCUAUACAACUGUAAGAGAACCGCUACUGUCACAGCAAAGACACCAACCAAAAUCUGGAUGCUUGAGAGAAGUGUUUUCCAAAAUAUUAUGAUGAGAACUACGAACACGAAACGCACAGAAAUAGCUGAUGCGCUAAGAAAAGUUCCAAUCCUGAAACAAAUCAGCAACUCAAAGUUAGGGAAGAUUACCGAUGCUCUUGAAGAGGACACCUUUCAUCAAGGAGAGUAUAUCAUCCGGGAGGGUGAGAGCGGAGAGACAUUCUACAUCAUCCUGGAAGGAGAAGUUGAUGUCACGACUCAGAGUAAAGAGUACAGCGACAGUACUGAGGAACCGAGUCUCGCAGAGACAUUUAUUCGCACUCUGCGGAAAGGAGAUUAUUUCGGUGAAAAAGCCUUGCGAAGUGAAAGUGGGAUUCGUGGAGCAAAUGUUAUUGCUAAAAGUACAGUCGUACGGUGCAGGACUCUUGAUAAGAAACCGUUCUUGCAACUCAUCGGUAACUUAGCCGAUAAAGACUGGGAUGCCCAUAACAGUAUUAGCAGCAGUGGCAGUAACGGUAGCGGGGUUACUUUGCGCCCCCCCAGUAGCACGAUGUCUAGCAAAUCACCCGCGCUUGGUGCGGCAAGGAAAUCAACUGGAAGAUUAAUUAUUGAUGCGCCAAGAAUGGCCCGGCCAUCCAGCACACUUCUUGAUCUGCCACAAAAAAGGCUGCGCCAUUCUUUCGAGGGAAUAACUCUUAACGAUUUCGAGUUUGUUGGAGUGUUAGGUGUUGGCGGGUUUGGGCGUGUGGAACUUGUUCGCUUCCGAGACAAACCGAAUCAAAACUUUGCAUUGAAAUGCAUGAAAAAGACACAUAUCGUGGAAACAAAACAAGAGGAGCAUAUUUACUCCGAGAAGAGAAUCAUGAGAGAUUCAGAUUGUCCAUUUAUUGUCCAGUUGCACCGUACAUUCAAAAACGACAGGUAUGUUUAUAUGUUGAUGGAGGCAUGCCUUGGCGGGGAACUGUGGUCCAAGCUUAGAGAUGAUGGAUACUUCGAUGACAGCAGAGCUCGUUUCUACACGGCUUGUGUGGUUGAGGCUUUGGAAUACAUGCAUCUCCGUGGGAUCGUUUACAGAGAUUUAAAGCCGGAGAAUUUAUUACUGGACUCCAGAGGAUACGUUAAAAUUGUUGACUUUGGUUUUGCUAAGACUAUUAGCCAUGGAGAGAGAACAUGGACAUUCUGUGGCACACCUGAAUACGUGGCACCAGAAGUUAUUCUAAACAAGGGUCACGAUAUAGCGGUGGAUUACUGGGCGUUGGGAAUUCUUAUAUUUGAAAUGUUGACGGGAAAUCCACCAUUUAACUCCUCCGAUGCGAUGAAAACGUACAGAAUGGCGCUAAAGGGAAUUGACGCUAUUGAAUGGCCGUUAAAAAUUAGAAAAACAGUUCAGAACUUAAUACGAAGAUUAUGUCGUGAGAACCCUGCGGAACGUAUUGGGAAUUUAAAAGAAGGAAUCAAGGAAAUUCGAAAUCACCGUUGGUUUGCGGGAUUCCAUUGGGAGGGCCUGAGAAAAGGAGAAUUAAAAGCACCAUAUAUUCCUGAGAUAACUGACGCGUCGGAUUUGAGAAAUUUUGACCGUUUUGAAAGAGAGGACGAAGUGGUGGAAAAAGAAUUCUCCGGAUGGGAUAAAGAUUUUUAAAUCAAUGUUUUUUUUGGGCGCACUUGUUUUAGCAUGUUGUUAUACUUCAGUCAGAACAGUUUUCAUCGAUUUUAUUUGUUUUUUUCGUUUUUUUUUGUGUCGUGAUCAGAUUCAGAGCGAAGAAAUGCGUUUGAACCGUUUCUGCCUCUUUUAAAUUGUUCUUCAUUUCCAUGCAGCCAUAUUUGCACUUUCCUAAUUGAAAUCUUCAGAUUUGGUGCCUGUGACCUGGUAUAUGUAUAUUCUAAUUCUUCAACGUAUAAAAAUCAAUGAUAAAAUCAAACUAACGACUGAAUGUGUCUCUUUUAAAUUAUUUUGUUCCAAUUUUCCGUUUUAAAAUAUUUUGUUGUUUUGUUAGACUCUGUUAUCAAAAUGCACUGUUUUCGUUUGUGGCACUACUCAGUUUAUUCUUACAACACGUUCGUUAUCACAUAUACCUGACAUUUGCGCGUAACUUGACAUUUGAACAAGCUUGAACGCAAUUUCUGAUUGACGUCAAACAUACCCGUAUGACGUCACAAUAUGGCAAACUUUAACUUGACAGUAUCAUUUAUGGCAGGCUUUAUUUAUGCUUACUGAUUUUUUAUUCCGUCGUACAAGAUAUGUUAUGUACUGUUGUAGACAAUUUCUUUUACGCGCUCGGAUUUCAACAAAUAUUUCAAGGGAUAUCAGCUAGCUUUGCAGUUUUUAUGUACAGUUUAUAAAGUAAAGGAUGACAUGCAAUUUU